AUGGACCCCACUCCCGCAAUCCCCGCACCCGGUCUCUUCUCCCUCGCUGGCCAGAACGUGCUCAUCACAGGCGCUAGUCGCGGUAUCGGGGCCGCCUGUGCUAUCGCCCUUGCCGAAGCCGGCGCAGACAUCUGUCUCGUUCAACGCCCGUCUACGGCUUCGGCAAACAGCCCAACCUACAACGCAAUCGCCGCUCUCGGACGCACCGUAAAGUCUGUUCAAUGUGACCUCGAAGAUCUGGAAGCCGUCAAGCAGAUAUUCCCGAGCGCGCUGGAGGCCAUGGGUGGUGAAAUACACAUCCUCGUCAACUGUGCAGGUAUCCAGAGGAGAUCUCCGGCUGUUCAGUUCACAGAGCGUGAUUGGGACGACGUCAUCAACGUCAAUCUGAAAUCGGUCUGGAUUCUUUCACAGGCCGCCGGGCAGCAUAUGGUGCCUCGCCGGCGGGGCAAGAUAAUUAACUUCUGCUCUCUCCUGACAUUCCAGGGCGGAUUCACCGUGCCCGCGUACGCUGCGGCGAAGGGAGCGCUGGGACAGCUCACAAAGGCCCUCAGCAAUGAGUGGAGCAAAGAGAACGUGCAGGUGAAUGGGAUAUGCCCUGGGUAUAUUGCGACGGACAUGAACGAGAAGCUGCUCCAGGACCCUGCACGUCUCCGCCAGAUCUCGGAGCGUAUCCCUGCUGGUAGAUGGGGCACCCCGCAGGAUUUCGCGGGCCCUGUUAUAUUCCUGGCUAGCAAGGCAAGCCAGUAUGUCUGUGGAGAGCUCGUGGUCGUUGAUGGAGGGUGGAUGGGGCGGUAG